UCACGUCACUUCCUGUUUGCUGAGAGCGCGUGGUUUGAGUCGGAGCUCUUUCAAAUUUAUUCUUAAUACAUCGUUUAUUCUUGUUAUAUCUUAAGACUUGUGUUUUAAAUUGUUAUCCUCCGAGGGUAAAACAUAUCCUUAAAUAUAUCCCAUACCAAAAUCGUAUUUAAACGCACAGAUAAUUUAUUUUUAUCGGAUCACUCGCUAUUAGCCUCAGGCUGUUAGCAUUCCCAGCCUGCCUGCUUACUGCUUAACACACUGUUCUCAUUAUUAAAUCACUGAUGGCUAAUGUUUCAGAUGUGUCUGUACCUCUGUGUGCAGAUGAGGAAACGAUCGCACUUCAGUCGGAACUGGAGGCUGUGGAGAAGCAGAUCCAGGAUCUACUAGAGAAGCAGUCACGGCUGCGAGAACGAAAAACGGCGCUGGAAACAUCCAGAGCCGACGCUCGCAAAUCCGCGGUAAGUUUUCAUCGCGAUUUUAAUACUCCUUCCACUUCUACUCCGCGUGUUUCUCUGCACAGAGCCCAGGCUUCGAGAACACGGUCAGCCCAAAUGAACUUCACUCCUGCACCGGCACAACCACGGCGAAAGGCGCGAGCCAGGACUGGAGCGAUGACCCAACCGCCGCCACCGGUCUUCGAGAUGCCGACCAGGAACCGCUUUGCCGCCCUCUGCGAGACGGAAUGCAACGCUGUGGUCAUCGGAGACUCAAUCGUCCGGAACGUACCUGCGAUCCUGAAGGACGAUGCUAACGUCGGAGCUGUCGUGCUGCACGCGGGGGUGAAUGACGUCAGGAUGAGGCAGUCGGAGAUCCUGAAGAGGGACUUCAGGAGUCUGAUCGAGACGGUACGCAACGCAUCGCCCACAGCGAGGAUCAUCGUAUCAGGGCCGCUUCCUACCUACCGACGAGGGAAUGAAAAGUUCAGUAGACUAUUUGCUCUAAAUAAAUGGUUGAUGUCAUGGUGUAUUGAACAGAAGCUGCUCUUUGUUGAUAAUUUUGAUCUGUUCUGGGAGCGACCUAGGCUCUUCCGCCCUGACGGCCUGCACCCCAGCAGCAUCGGAGCGGUUCUUCUGUCUGACAACAUCUCAAAGACGCUACGCACCGCUUGACUACGUCUCCCAGCGGUAAGUCAAAACUUUAACCAUAGUCUGUGUUCCUCCCACUCAUCUGUUAUAAAUGUUACUGCUUCCAAAUGCAUAGAGACUGUGUCUGUCCCCCGAAUAAUACUACAAAAUAACAAAAUAGCCAAAUCUCAGAGAAAAAAUCUAAUCGUGAUUAAACCUGAGGACAAUGUAAUAAACGACCAAAACAAACUCAUAAAGUUCGGCCUACUAAAUAUUAGAUCACUAAAUUCAAAAGCAGUUAUUGUAAAUGAAAUGAUCACAGACAACAAUUUUGAUAUGCUUUGCCUUACCGAAACCUGGCUUAAACCAAAUGAUUAUUACGGUCUAAAUGAGUGUACACCACCAAGCUACUGUUAUAUGCAUGAGCCACGUGCGGUUGGUCGAGGUGGCGGUGUCGCAACAAUUUUUAGAGACUUUCUUACUGUAACUCAGAGAACGGAGCAUAAAUUUAAAUCAUUUGAAGUGCUUGCGUUGAACAUAAUUGUUCCAAUUGACAGUAAAAAACCAUUGCUUUCUUGUACGUUGGCUACAGUGUAUAGACCCCCUGGUCCCUACACUGAUUUUCUGAAAGAGUUUGCGGACUUCCUAUCGGACCUAUUGGUUAACGUUGAUAAAGUACUAAUUGUCGGAGACUUUAAUAUCCACGUAGAUAGUGCUAACGAUGCAUUAGCAGUGGCGUUUACAGAGCUAUUACACUCUUUUGGAGUAACACAACACAUCAAUGGACCCACUCAUCGAUUUAAUCAUACACUAGACUUGAUUAUAUCUCACGGAGCCGAUCUAACCAAUAUAGAUAUUAUACCUCAAAGCGACGAUGUCACUGAUCACUAUCUUAUAACAUGUACACUGCGCACUGCAGAAAUCAGCCGUUUAACUCGUUAUCGACAGGGUAGAACAAUUACCUCGACUACUAAAGAUAGUUUCACAAAGAGCUUGCCAGAUCUGACUCCUUUAAUAACCAUACCAAUAAAUAUAGAAUCGCUCGAUGACAUGACCAGCAAAUUGGGCACUAUUUUCUCUAAUACAUUAGAAGCUGUCGCACCUAUGAAGUCAAAAAAGAUUAAUGAGAAAAACGCAGCACCAUGGUACAAUAGCACCACUCGCGCCCUUAAAAGAGAAACACGUAAACUGGAGCGCAAAUGGAAACAAACCCAAUUAGAGGUCUUUAAAAUUGCGUGGAAAGAGAGUGCAAACUGUUAUAAAAAGGCACUAAAAGCAGCAAAGGCUGAGCACCUCCGUAACCUCAUAGAAACUAACAAAAACAAUCCAAGGUUUUUAUUUAGUACAGUUGCUAAACUAACAAAUAAACAGACUUCACCUGACCUGGGUAUUCCGCCGCACCUUGGUAGCAAUGAUUUCAUGAACUUUUUUACAGAGAAAAUCGAAAACAUACGAGACAAAAUAGUAAAAUCUCAACCUCCAAGUCUGUCCUAUAAAUUAGUACCAACCAUCGCCCCAAAAGAAAGGCUACAGUGUUUUUCACCUAUAAAACAGGAAGAUUUAAUUAAACU